CAAGAUGGUAGUCUACCAGCAUCUCUUGGGUUUUCUCGCUUCCGUGUGCCUGUUGAUAACACGUGCUUCUGGUGUCACGGAGUGCUCCAACCCGCCCCCUGGUGUUCAGAAAAUAUUCCGAGGUGUUGACAUCACCACGCUAGACUUGGCGCCCAUCGAUUUCCAAGGCAACAGCGGCUUUAAGAAUCCGGUGCUCAAUUUCUCCUGCAACAGUGGUAGGAACUGGAGAAGUCCAGCAGGGACGGUUUACCAGCUACCUGACCAGAUCUGGCAUAUGACGUCAGUUCCGGGAGGAUGGCUGACAGCUGACGUCAACAUCUACAAAACCUACAACGAAGUCAGACGCUCAAUGUCUUCUGAUGUGGGCGGAGAAGGUUCUCUGUUUAAAUUUUCCUUCUCAGCCAGCCAGAACUACAAGAAGCUCCAGAACACAAUCACCAACAGCUCCAAGUAUAUCUGUGACGUGUCGUCGUUUGAGUCAGCAACUCGUGUUGACGUCAACCCGUCGUGGGCUCUUGAAUUGGAUCGAUUUGCCCAAAUCUACAUAGAUCGAAUGCUUACAGGAACUUUCGCCUCUAACCCUAUUGCUUACAACCGGUUUAUCAAUGAGUUUGGUACUCACUAUUUCUCCAGUGCCAAUUUCGGUGGUUUCAUCUGGAUGCUGUUUGAAACAAACACAGAUUAUUUUUAUUCCCAAACAGAAAGAGAGAUUCAAAGAAACGCCAAGGCAUCUUUCUUGAAAAUCAUUUCUUUACGCGGAGGAACGGUAACUGGAUCCACCACAGUUGAUCAAAGAUUUGAAAGCUCCACCACGCAAACUGUGAAGUACUACGGGGGCGACACAAAUCUUCUGACCCAAAGCGGGUUCCAGAGAUGGCAACCUAGUGUCGAUCUUGACCCAUGGCUCUUUUCUGGUCAGCUUAAACCAAUCAGUGAUCUAAUAUCAGACGAGACGAAGAGAACGUCCAUGGAGACAGCAGUUAGAAACUACGUUCUUCGUAGUUAUUUGAACGAGUUGAUUCGACUUAUUGCUGCAGCUAAAAGAAAAUCCGACGACGCUGUUUUGAACAGAGGUAAUGAAAGAGUCACGACAAUGCUUAACAAAGCUCUUCUGGUUGAAAGCGAGGUUGAGGAUUUAGGGAAGUUUAUAGAAGAUCAGAUUAUCGUUCCUAAUUGGUUUUCAGACAACACAAAUUUAUGUUUUAAAUGGCGGGCUGACGGCGAUGCAGGUCAAUGCGGAGGUGGAGCAGCGAAUCUUCUUUGCGCGAAACCAAAUUCUAUGACAUCCGUGUAUAGGGACGAUACAGACAGACGCGCAGGCGGAUGUCGUAUGCAGUGGGGUCUCCAGUCUAGCGGGUUCCCAACUUGGUUUAACCAAGUUAGAGUUUGUUACCAAUGGUACGCUGACGGAGAUGGUGGACAAUGUGGAGGCGGGGAUGCGUCUUUACUCUGCGCAAACAUCAACAACUUCACACCAGAGUACCGAGACGACACUGACAGGCGGAACGGUGGUUGCAGGAUGCAGUGGAAGCUGGAGGUCCCAAGUUCGGCACCACUGUGGAUGAGAACAUCGAAGAUGUGUUUCUCGUGGUACCCUGACGGCGAUGGCGGACAGUGCGGCCCCGCCCCUUCUAGAGAUCUGUGUGCUGUGGCCAAUCAGUGGACAGAUUAUUACCGUGAUGAUACAGACAGGCGUCCAGGCGGGUGUAGAAUGAGCUGGGGUGUUAAACUGAUUUUUUAAUGAAAUCUUACUUUUAAUAUGUGUGUACUAAAGCUAUUUUACACAUUGCAUUCAUCACAUUAGAGUAUCACCGUUUUCAUUAAAC